AUGGCAGCUGGAAAAGCAAAGUCCUUCCAGCGUUUUGGGAGUCUAAUGAGGAGUAAAUCUGAAGGGACGCUAAUCGAUCUGACUGACAAUGGCUCGAUUAAUAACAACAUAAAUGGUAAAACUUGAUAUUAUAUUCUAUUAGAUAUGUUAUUAUAAGCAGCUUUCUUUCCAAUUUUGAAGACCAGUUUGAAAAUGCUCCUAAAUGUCCUAAUCAAACUCUGUUAUUUUAACAGGUGGGUAUGUAACACAGGUAACAAAGAACUCAGAGUGGCCACUUGUACAGACAGAAGUCGCACUUUCAACACAGACAAAAAACCCUUUUUGGAACAAACUGUCUGGAUCAAAUCCAUUUUUGGAUGACAUUGUACACAGCAGUAUACACAAUCACGAUGCCAACACAUCAAAUGCAAAACAAGGCACUGAAAAAGAAGCGGACACUAAAAAUGAUGAUAUCAUCAGCACAUCUUCAGAUGAAGGUAAUGUAGGAAACUUUUUGGCGAACAAACACAAAAUGAGCAACAGAUCAGGAAGAUGGAGAAGUACUUCAGACAUCCUGGAAACAAAAGUGCCAAAACAGGAAAACUGCUUCACGCCGCCUGGGCCGGUGCUGACUCCAGAUUUUGAGUGGCUGAAGAAUGACAGAGAGGCUUACAAGAUGGCCUGGCUGAGCCACAGGCAGCUCACCCGUUCAUGUUUGGACUUGAGUCUGAGUCCAGGGUGGGCUCAAACCCAAGCCUCAAACUUUCAGGUCAUAUCCAAGAUCAGCCAUGCUGGAGGGACAGUACAGUUACCAGACUCUGAAAUCAGGAUCCAAAUUCCAGAGGGCCAUGUUCCUCCUGGAGAAGUCCAAGAAGUUACACUCAAAGCAAUGCUAGAUCCUCCUCCUGGACUCAACAACAACUAUGUGACCACCAUGAGUCCACUUCUGGAGGUGGUUCUCAGCAACAUCAACACAAAGAAGCACAUCUCUCUGGAUAUUAAACUGUCUGGAGAAAUCAAGAGUGAUCCACAAAGUCAGGUGAUGACCACUGUGGUUGGACUGGUGUCUAACAAAAGAGAGGGACCUUAUCUCAAAGUAAAGGACUGUAAGAUUCACAAGAAUAAGAUGCAGAUGCAGCUGCAGGACUUAAAGACACAUUUUUACGUGAUUGCAGUUGCAGAGGCCUCUGCAAUCCAACCCCCUGCUUCAUCAGUUUGGGAUUACCUCAACCGCCAAAUCACUGUUGCAGUUUAUGGUCCCAGGUUCAUCCAUCCUUCAUUCAAGGCUGUCCUAGUGGUUUGCUGUCAUGAGGAUGUCCCACCCAAGCUUCCAUUUUCAGCUAUCAGCAAAGGGAAUAAAAACCUGCCUCCACUGGUUCUGCAGCUCUGGGGAAAACACAGUUUGAAACCAGACAAACUGAACAACCUGAAUGUGGGAAUUAGCCUCACAGACUCCGCAUUCAAAAUCCAACCCGAGGACAAACUGAAAGAAGUGAGACAGAGUCAGCUUAGAAUAGGCACAGUUGUGCAUCUGCCAGUCGCCCUAUCCUGUUCUUGUAAUGCAGAAAUGACUCCUUUUACACUAGAUUUGGAGGUAAAGGAUUCCAGUGGGGCCGCGGUUGCACGGUUCCCAGUGCCUUCUCCUCCUGGAGCACCCAUCAGAUCAGAAAAGAGGGUUCACAGGCAGUCAGACAAGCGGAUUGAAUUGGCAAGAACUGCACCAAUUCCUGAGGAAAGUAUUCCAGAUUUUCCCAAAUUCACGGACAGACCUGUGAACCUUCAGUGGUACGGUGUAGCUCUAAAGUCAGUUCUCCGUCAGCCUCGAGUAGACUAUCUUCUGGAGUACUUCAAGGGAGACACAGUGGCUCUUCUGUCCAGAGAGACUGUUAGAUCUGUGGGUAACUCGAAAGUCAAGGAAUGGUACAUUGGAUUCCUCCGAGGCAGGACUGGGUUGGUGCACUGCAAAAAUGUCAAGCUCAUCACUAGAGAUCAAGUGAUCGACUUCACCGGGAUUCAGAUCACCACAGAAGUCCUCUUGGACAACAUGACGCUGCCCUUCAAGAAGCUUACCUACAUGUACUCUGCCAUUCAGACACUGGUCACUGAACACAUCGGCAGCUGGAGAGGAUUUGCUGAUGCUUUGGGGUACAGAAACCUGUCUUUGGACUCCAUCACACGGAGGUACACAGAGACAGAGGCUGAUAAAGUGGCCUGUGUACUGGAGAAACUGAAAGAAGACUGCCAUGCUGAGAGGACCAGGAAAUUUCUGCAUGAGCUCAUGGUGGUAGGUUUAGGAUACAGCAACCUUUAACAUAUAAGGAAACAAUAUUAUUAAAGGAUUAAUGGAGUUAACAAAUAAUGGAGGGGGCAAGAUUGACUGUUUCUCUCUGUGUUUAUCCCUCAAGGGUCUUCUGAGGAUGGAUUCUGUGAAUCUCGCGGCCCAGCUGAUCCAGAACACUGUCAUUCUGUCUACUGCUGUAGAGCUGGGAUUUCGAUGGCGGGAGCUCGCUGAGAAGAUGGGGAAACUCUCCAGUGCUCAGAUAGCUGGCUAUGAAGCACCACACAGAGGGAAGAAUGGUGAAGUCGGUUCUCAGGUAUUAACACAGUUAUGGGUUAUGGGAGAAAAUUCUGAUCUUGUGGGAUUUCUAAUGUGCUUUGAAUAUUCCACAUGACCUACCUCACUUUUUUGUGUUUCCUGAUCUGUUUCAGGCAAUGUGGAAGCCUGCCUAUGACUUCCUGUACUCCUGGAGUCUGCGUUAUGGAAAUAGCUACAGAGACAUGAUCCAGGAUCUGCACCUGGUCCUGGAUAAAAUGAAAAACCCUGCCACGAGACAGUGGAGGCAGCUCACUGGUGUUCUCAUGACAGUGAACUGUCUGGAUAUCUUCAGAACCUCAGCAUACCCAAAUGCCUGA